AUGUUCCUGAUUCUUUUUCUCGUUUUCAUAACCACUUCAGCUAUAGAUUUUGAUGAUUCCUCAUGUGACUCCUCGUCAGAAGAGCAUGGAGGUGGGCGUCCGGCUCGACCGGGCACCUGUGGACAGCACUGGCAUACUUUCAAGAGACCACAGGGGACAUGGUGUGUUAGAGUGGUCACCGGCGAUGUAGACUACUACCGGGGUCUUGCUGAAUGCGCAAAGUACGGAGCAGUCCUGUCCGGAAUUCAAAACAAUCAAGAACGAGAAUGGAUUGCAAACAAGGCCGUUAGCUUGAACGUAGCCGCUGGUAAAACUCACUCAGGAGUCUGGCUUGGUGCUCAGCGAACCUCUGCGACGGCGUUCCGAUGGACAGACGGGCAUACCACUGGGACUGAAGCUAUGGUAUUCGGGCCUGGACAACCGGAUAAUGAUCAUGGAGCUGGAAGAGGACCUCAACGCUGCCUGCAGCUUAUGGCCUUGACACCGUCCUACUGGAACAUUCCGGGUCACCUGAUAAAUCUGAAGAGUGGACAGCUUGACGAUAUUUGGUGUAAUGUGACUUUGAGCCCGCGAGUCAGAAUGUACUUGUGCGGGAAAAAAGCUUGA